UUUCUUUUUUCGCGCCGUUGACUCGUAAUCUAGCUGUCAGAUUUUCUGCCGUUCAAUUGAUGUCAAGAGUAUCACUGCAGAAUCCGAUAGCUUCUUUGGAACAACUUGCUGAAACACCAUCUCGCAAGGACGGCAUUUCCGAGCAAUUGGAGGAUGAUUUAAGGAGUUUUGGCUGCGAACUCAUUCAGAGUGCUGGCAUUCUACUCAAUCUACCGCAAGUAGCAAUGGCAACAGCACAGGUUUUAUUCCAGCGAUUCUUUUAUCUUGCGAGUCUAAAGGAUUUUGGUAUAAUUGAGAUUGGAAUGGGAGCGCUCUUUCUCUCUGCCAAAGUGGAAGAGUCUUUCGUACGAAUGACGUACCUUAUUACAGUAUACGAUCACUUAUUACGGCGAAUCCAGCAGCAAUCUACGCACACGCCAUUGGACGCAUUUUCUCAGCGUGCAUAUAGUCUGAAAAGCAUGGUGACAACUUCCGAAAUGCAAAUUUUGAAACGAUUGGGAUUUAAUGUGCAUGUUCAAUUACCAUACGGAACGAUGAUCAACUAUUUACGAAUCUUGGGCUUGGAAGAGCAUGACACUGUACCGAAAAAGGCAUGGAAUUACUUGAAUGAUGCGCUACGUACCCAUGUGUAUACGAACUACACCAUGCCAACCAUUGCCUGUGGUGCGAUCUGGCUCGCUUGCCGAGAUCAGCAAGUCAAGCUGCCUACAACACCAGGUGGAGAAUGGUGGUUAUUAUUUGAUGCGCAACCUUCCGAAUUCCAAAACGUGGCCGCUCAUAUUCAGCGACUAUAUCAUCGAAAACUUGAUAGGCAGCAGUUAUUAAGUCACUUGAGUGAUACGGAAGCCACUUUGCGCAACAGCUAAACGAUUUUGAAAAUAUUGCCAACAUCACUAUUUCCCUGUCAUUCUUUAGACAUCACAUUGCAUUCCAUUUUUUUUUUCUUCUUCUUCCUUGCUUGUUCAUUUUUGCUUUCCACACUUUUUUUUUAUAUAGAUCUAGUCGAGUUCGUUUUUUUCUUCCAGAUCAGUAGAUAAAAAACCCAUACAUAUCGCACAUAAAAUAGAUACGUCUUGAUUUGAAGGCGUGGCUUCCUCUCCUAAUCGGAUGUAAUUGAACAAAGUGAAAGAGAG